ACUGGAUGAAUUAUGUUGUGCCCUCACCAUUAGACCUUUAGAUGGCAAAAAAUUACUUAAAAACUACUUGAAAACUACCUUAUCAUGGAAUGAAUAUCAACAAAGAAGUUCAUGCUUCUCUCUAUUUUGUAAAUCGGUUUUCAUCAUUAAUGAAUUAGUUUUAAUGUAUUCUGUCGUGAAUUUGCACUGACAGGGCUCUUGAGGAUGUUUGAAAGAAAAUGAAUGCUGUUUUUCUUCUUUUCAAUUUUUUUUUGUCUAUGAUGUCUGUUGAAAUGUCCAUUUGCUGCCUUGAAAGAGUUAAAAAGAGAGAAUCAACAUUUUUCUCAUGCUGGAUAUGUAUUUUCUGUUCUGUAUAGAGAUAAUGGGAAGAAAUCAGAGAGAGAUAUGAGACCUAAAAGCUUUAGAAAAUAGCCACACAAAGGGUCCAAAACUAUGGACGCCUUAUCUUUAACCGACCAAUAGUUAUCACUUAUCAGCCUUCAUUUGCUUCUACACAUCUGGACACUAUCCUCUUUAUAGGUCAGGUGACUUAAAACACAUGUUCCCUCAUUUGAAUUCAAACAACACCCAAGUGAAAAAGAUUCAUGGCUCAUUCACUAACCACCCCUGCACCAUUUGCUGCAACACUCGUCUCAACAGAAUCUAAGAAGAAACCCCAUCUUCAAACUCUAGGGUUUCAGAGAGUGUGGGUUUCCCAUCAUCAAAGUUCUGCUCAAGCCCUAGAUGAUCGGCUCAUCCACCGCAGGAACAUUAGCUUGGGCUUGCUUGGAGCGGUGCUAGGGUUGAGUUCUGGUAACCAGAGCGCAAGAGCGGCCAGAAGGCCUCCACCACCACCGCCUCAGGAGAAGCAAGACCCCAACCUAAGUGGCGUUCAGGCGAAAGUUUUGGCUAGCAAGAAGAGGAAGGAAGCCAUGAAAGAAACCGUGGCCAAGCUAAGAGAGCAAGGGAAGGCCAUCAACCAGCCAUCUGAAUAGCUACUUGAUAAGCAUUGUUGGAAAUACAUGUUAUUUGAAUAAAUUUGAUUUGGAAUAAUGUAAUCCAAGUUUUCAACAUAUGCUGUCUCAGAGAGUGUUCGUUCCUUGGGCAGAGGCAUGCAAAGGCUUCAUAUUAGCUUCUGAGAAAUAAUAUUUUUCUUUUUUUCUUUUUUACUUUUAUGCAAGAGAAAGAAUAUUUGAGAAGCAUGAUGGAAAACAUUUGGUUGGGCUUAAAUCUUAAAUUUCAUUUCCCUUUUA